AUGACGUCUCUGGGAGGUGCUCGCGAGAGCAGUAAGAACCGAAAUUCGCCGUCCGCCUCAGCUUCCACUUCCUCUCCCGCUUCCGCUGCCCACCAUGCCCCACGAGGCCUGCCGGAUCUCGAUUUCGACCCGGCGCCGUCAAUGGAAGAGCUGGCGCCUGCUCAGCUGACCACGGCGGACAAGAAUGGCCGUUUGGAGGACAGUCCUCGCUCUCUGGGAGGCGGACGCUUCCUCAGAGACCCUGGUGAUGGCGUCCGCUCCAAGUCUCAGAGUCCCUUUCGACUCGCCAUGCCGUCGAUAUCCCCCGGCCAGGUUGCCUUUUCCGCAAUGCAGUAUCUGCCUGUUCCUGUCAUCAUCCUCAACAGCCUCAAGACGGUGGUACUGGCCAAUGAGGCCAUGGGCAGGAUGCUUGGCAUCAUUUCCGACAACUUGAGCGACGAUGAUGCGUCGGAAACGAUGGAGAAGCUGCGAGGGCAGACGUUGUCGCAGGUGGGCAUCGAUAUGAUACAGGAUGGCCGCCCGGUAUGGGUCACAUGGGAGGCCUUCCUCGACACCUUGGUCACCGAAGUUGGUGUACGUCCACCGGCGGCCUCGAAUCAACAGCGACGGCCGUCUCACCUUGGAGAUGGCCAAGUCACACCGACCGCUGCCACUGCCCUAUCACAGACUGACGGAUUAGAACACAAGCCCAUCGAGCGGCCGACCCAGGAUGCAACGGUAGAGGUCAUCAUCACCCGAAAAGACAUUGCCAAAACCACGUUCAACAGUCGAUACAGGUCAAAGGAGUCCGAGUACCAUGCCUUUGCCAAGAUGAUCAUCACCAUCUGGGAAAUCGAGGAUAAGCAAGUCUUCUUCACUCUGACCUUUACCAAUGCUCAGUCUGCCCCGGCCAUGCCUAUGAGCGGCCGGAGGGCCGUUGCCCGAUCCAGCACCCUCGAAGCCGUGGACAAAAAGUCCAUCACUACAUCAAGCCCGGCAUCCGUGGCUUCCAGCCGAGACUCUAGCUCGCCCUUAUUCUACAGUCCCGGCGUUAUUACCAUGUCCUCAAGCCCCUUCCCUCCCAUGGGGCCUCCAACCGUGGCGUCUCAUGCGCAAUCCAGCACGCCAUCGGUGCUGCAAAAGCUCAUUAUGAUGAAAGACGCCCUGAUCGAUAGCACAAAGAUGCCCGUUGUCGCCAUGUGGAAAGAUGGCAGUGUAACGUUUCCGAACAAGGCUGCGAGACAGCUCUUCCCUGAGAAUUCGGAUCUUGACUCUUCACUCGAUGGAGAUUACCUGUUAGAGAAAUGGGAAGUGUGGAACGAAGAUUUUACGAAGCGCUUAGAAGUCAGCGAGUAUCCGAUAUCUAUACUUCUUAGGACAGAAAAGCCCUUUGAUAGCAAGCGUAUAGGCAUGUACGGACGCAAAGGGAACAGGAUCAUAUUUGAUGUGCUGGGAGAGGCAAUUUACGACGAGAACACGCACGAAUUUCUUGCCGCCGUCGUCACUGGCCGUGAUGUAACAACCAUGACGGAAGAGAUUACCCAUAUCAAAGAACGCGAUGAAGAACGUUUCAAGGUCAUAUGCGACACGAUGCCACAGCUGGUGUGGACGGCACGCCCGGAUGGAACGCACGAUUUUUUCAAUACGAGAUGGUAUACCUAUACCGGCCUGAGCCCCGGACGCUGCAUUGGACUGGACCUCAAAGGCAACAUCCACCCAGCAGUGCACCCUGAUGAUAUGCCUGGAGCUCGAGCUCGCUGGACUCACUCUUUGAAGACAGGAGAUCCUUAUGUGAUGGAGUAUCGUUGCCUUAGCAAAGAGGGAGAGUGGCGAUGGUUCCUUGGCCGUGCUCUUGCGGUGCGCGAUAAAGAAACGGGCAAGAUUGAAAAGUGGUUUGGGACUUGCACCGAUAUUCACGAGAGCAUGCAGACGAAACUCAGUGCCAAGCGUACGCGCCAACAGCUACUAAGUGUGCUUGCUCAUUCGCACGUCACCAUCUUCACCGUUGAUCCCGAACGCCGAGUUACUAUGCUUGAGGGUGCUCUGAUUUGGAACAGCGCCACUGAAGAUAACCAUGAGAGGAGCAGGUGGUUUGCCGGGGAGAACAUGUAUACCGUCUUCAACCGACUCACCGAACAGUCGCCUGACGGAGAACGCCCGCAGUGGCUGCAGCCCAUCGAAGAUAUUCUGGGAGGAAGAACCAACGAGGACGUGAAGGAGCAUGGAAUUGACGACCGCUGGUAUCGAACACGGUUCCACCCGAUGCUCGGAAAAAAGACAAAAGACAGCCGGGCGACGCAAGAGACGUGUAUCGAAGGAGUCAUAGGAGUCAUCAUGGACGUUACCGAGCUGAAAGAAAGAGGAGAAGCUUUGCGAGAGCAAGAUAAAGAGAAGCGCCGCGCAAUGGCCAACGAGGCUGCUGCUAAAGAGGCCACGAGGCUAAAAAGCCAAUUUUUGGCCAACAUGUCUCACGAAAUCAGGACGCCAAUCACUGGAGUUCUCGGCAUGGCAGAGCUGCUCGGCGACAUGGAGUUGACUGAAGAGCAGCGUGAAUAUGUCGACAAUAUUCAAAGCUCUGCUACAUCGCUGCUCACUGUAAUCAACGAUAUUCUAGAUUUCUCCAAAGUGGAAUCUGGCCGCCUAGACAUUGAAGAAGUGCAAUUUUCCCUCUCUCAUAUUGUCCAGGAGGUGAAAAAGAUGCUCAAGUUUGCUGUUGAGCGGAAAAAUCUGGAUUUCUUAUCCGAUGUUGGGAAAGAUAUUGCGAAUGAACGAGUGGUCAUUGGCGAUCCCGGCAGGUUGCGGCAGAUUAUUACCAAUCUCCUCACAAACAGCAUCAAGUUCACAAACCAAGGAUAUGUCAAGUUUUCGGUGGUCAAAGAGCGCGAAACGGCUGAGACGAUCGAGGUUCGAUUUGUCAUUGAAGAUUCGGGAAUUGGCAUCGAAGAUAGUGUUCGCAAGAAGCUCUUCAAGCCAUUCAGCCAAGGGGAUCCAUCUACGGCGAGAAAAUUCGGUGGCACGGGACUCGGUUUGACAAUCUGUAAGAACUUGCUAGACCUGAUGAAUGGUCGUAUCAAGCUGGAGUCAAACGUGGGAUCCGGUACCAAGGCAACGUUUUGGAUUCCUUUCAUGAAGCCUACAGGGGCCAGGGCUCCAUCCUUGGCGGAAGCCGGAGCUAUCUCCGAUCGACUACAGUCAGAGCUGAGCCUCUCGUGCAACAGUUCGGAGUAUGAGCAGUUGACGAGCGCUUCACAGGGGUCGGAUGGCCCGGUGAGUGGCCCUGUGGCCAAGACACGUCGGCGCGUGUCUAUAAAGACGCCUCCACCGACUGAGCAAGAACUUCCUCGAUCUGAAAGAGCACGAAUGCAUAUACUAGUGGUAGAGGAUAACCCGGUAAACCAGAAGAUUGCCACCCGAACCAUUGGGAAACUUGGUUUCCAAGUGUCAGCGACCUGGAACGGCAAAGAGGCGCUGGAUUAUAUGAUGGGCGCAUCAAAGGGCCAGAAUACAAAGCCCGACAUCAUACUCAUGGACGUGCAGAUGCCCAUUAUCGACGGCUACAAGUGUACUCAUCUUCUCCGCCACCAUUUACCAUACAAAAAGCUGGUUCAAGAUGUGCCCAUCGUGGCCAUGACAGCAUCGGCAAUUCAAGGGGAUCGUGAAAAGUGCACAAGAGCCGGCAUGGAUGAUUAUCUACCUAAGCCGGUAACGAUGAAAGUACUGGAGAAGAUGCUCAUCAGGUGGUCACUAACCCGACGCCGACCCCAGUCGGAGCCGCCUGCUUCUGACUGCUCCGAGAUGGGAGAGCACUGCGAGAACGCUGACAUUCCGCAUCUGGGCAUCGAAGAAAGCGAAACGCCUCUUUCGGAAGAAUUCCAGCCCAACGCAAUCACCCCACGGCCGCUGACGACCAACGGACGGCAUGAGCCCUCGCCGUUUGACUCGGCCAUGGCGGCUGAGAUGUCACCGCCGAUGCGCCGGCCCGAGAGAGAGCAAGAGCUGUCGAAUAUGCUUCACGGGACGAAGCUCAUUGACGCCGCAGGGGGUGUGCCAGCUGAUCUUAAUAACAUUUCCCUCCCUGAGUCUGGAGCAGGAGAGGCCUUGACUGAAGAGAAUGUUAAUAAGCUGGAUAAGGGCAGGUCGAUUUAA